CCCGCCAUGGCGAAGCCCCCGGCGGUGGCGGCGGCGGCGGCGGCGGCGUCGGAGGAGCUGAGCCAGGUGCCGGACGAGGAACUGCUGCGCUGGAGCAAGGAGGAGCUGGCGCGGCGGCUGCGGCGCGCCGAGGGCGAGAAGGUGGGCCUCAUGCUGGAGCACGGCGGCCUGAUGCGCGACGUGAACCGGCGGCUGCAGCAGCACCUGCUGGAGAUCCGCGGCCUCAAGGACGUGAACCAGCGGCUGCAGGACGAUAACCAGGAGCUGCGGGAGCUCUGCUGUUUCCUGGACGACGACCGGCAGAAAGGGCGCAAGCUGGCUCGCGAGUGGCAGCGCUUCGGGCGCCACGCGGCCGGCGCCGUGUGGCACGAGGUGGCCCGCUCGCAGCAGAAGCUGCGGGAGCUCGAGGCGCGCCAGGAGGCCCUGCUACGCGAGAACCUGGAGCUCAAAGAGCUGGUGCUGGUGCUGGACGAGGAGCGCGCGGCGCUGGCGGCGGCGGGGGGCGCUGGCGGCGGCGGCGGUGGCGGCGGCGGCGGCGGCGGCGCGGGCUCCCGCAGCUCCAUCGACAGCCAGGCCAGCCUGAGCGGUCCCCUGGCGGGCAGCGCGGCGGGCUCCGGUGCCCGCGACGUUGGCGACGGCAGCAGCACGUCCAGUGCGGGCAGCGGCGGCAGCCCGGACCACCACCACCAUGUCCCACCCGCCCUGCUGCCCCCGGGGCCGCACAAGGGUCCCGACGGCAAGGCCGGAGCCACGCGCCGGUCCCUGGAUGACCUGUCAGCGCCGCCGCACCACCGGAGCAUCCCUAACGGCCUGCACGAUCCCUCAUCCACCUACAUCAGGCCACUGGACACCAAGGUGAAGCUGUUGGAGGGUGACAAGCUCCCCCCGCAGCUGCCCCGCCCCUAUGGCCGCCAGAGAAGCCGGCUGCAGCAGGCAGGCUCCGGAGAGUUUAGGACCUUGCGGAAAGGCUUCUCCCCAUACCAUUCCGAAUCCCAGCUCGCAUCCCUGCCGCCCUCCUACCAGGAAGUCCUGCAGAACGGCCCAGCCUGCCCCGUACCCGAGCUGCCCUCACCCCCUUCCACCAUCUACAGUUCUGCAGGGCAGAAGCCCGAGGCCGUUGUACAUGCCAUGAAGGUUCUGGAAGUACACGAGAACCUUGACCGGCAGCUUCAAGACAGCUGUGAGGAGGACCUGAGUGAGAAAGAGAAGGCCAUAGUUCGAGAGAUGUGCAACGUGGUCUGGAGGAAACUGGGAGAUGCCGCCAGCACCAAGCCCUCCAUCCGGCAGCACCUGUCUGGCAACCAGUUCAAGGGGCCUUUGUAGAACCCGUCUCUCCGUGGACGUGCACUGCCCUGCCCGGAGUCCGAGUCUGAGGCCUGGACCUGGCGGAAGCCCCGGCCUAACCGCCAUCUUUCUUUGUGGUGAUUUGUACAUAGGACACGGCCCACCCCGGCUGCCCUGGUGAGACAACGACAGCCAGGCCUCCACCUCCUGCCUCCCUCACCAGCAAACCUUGGGAAGAUGAGAUGCCACUGCUCGCUCGCCGUGGCAGAGUGGCCAGGCAGCCUGCCUCCCUGUUUGAGCUCCAUGUUCCACUAGCAAGAAGCUUCUGAGACUUCAGGCCCAGGGACUGUCUGGGGCUGUGUCCUGUUCUUAGAAGCCCCUCAUCAAGCCUACCACGCCGGCUGUCCCUCACACUGGACAGAAGCCACUACUAAAGCCUGAAUUGUGACACAGGUGGCACUUCCCUGCCACCCUGUCAGAGCUGGGACCCUGGAUAGUGGAGUGCUGGCUCCCAUGUGUCCAUGGCUGGCUGGGAGCUCAGGGUUCCCUGCCUCCUGGUGGUGCCCAGCCACCCCGAAGCCAGCUGCUGCUUACUAGCGUUCACCCAUUCGGUAAUGACUCCUCACCCACGCCAGGCUUAGCGCCCUCUUAGGUCUCUCCUGCUGGGUUUCCUUUUCUGGUUUACAGCAACAUAGGAAGUUCUGGAGAGUGUCUGGGCUGAGCUCAGCAUUCCCAAAGGACAGGUAGGACUGGGCUGUGGCACUGGGUCUCUGUCAGUAUGGCCUGCCCCAGGUGUGCUCUGGGUCACAGAUGGAGCUACAGGAGCUAGCCCUGAUGAGAUUUCCUUGGGAAGAAAGGGGCAUGACCUGGUUCUGGCUUUAAUCUGCUGUGUGGCUUUCAGCAAGUCACUCAGCUUCUCUGGGCCCCCAGUAGAAAGACAGGCUGAGGUUCCUUUUGGCUGUGCUCAACUCUAGAAACCACCCCAUUCUGGUGGGCCUCUGUCCUCACUACAACUGAUGAGCUCAUGUUAGGCUAGCCUGUUUGCCAUGCUGCCUCCUCACAGGUCACAUCUGAGCCUCAGCCCCUCCCUACAGGGACCCAGGGUUCAAAUGAGUGUUUCCUUGCACACACUCAUGUUUUCUAAUGAGGUGUAAGGAAAACGAGGAAGUGGGUGCUUUUGUGAAAUGUGCAGAUGGUAUCUCAAGACCUGUAGGAAGACCAGGCCAUGCUGCUGGCAUCACCCGUGCCAUGUGUUUAUGUCCCCACUCAUCAGCUGUCCUCACUCAAAGGUACUUAGAGCCCCGUGCAGCAAGCCCAAAGACCUUGGCCUCGCCUCAGGCCCCACACCCUGUGAACAAAGGGGACAGGCCAAGAAGGUUGGUGGUCCCUCGCUCCCCUCGCAGCCAAGGCCCGGUGGCCUUGCGUUGUUUCCACCACCUUUGCUGCCCGCACCCUUGGGUCCCACACUCUCAGGGGAAAGGCCCAUGGCCUUCAGUGUGCCCAGGGAGUGUUGUGCAGGGGCUGUAGGGAACCGGCCUACUGCUCUGGCUGUUGGUGUCACUGGGAGCCCCACCUGCUGGCCCUGGUACUGGGUGAUUUCUGCCAAGUGGGCUGCUGGGCUGGCAAGACCCUUCCCGGUUCUUUGAGGCCAAGGAGCCCCAGAAUAGCACUGAGAUAUGUGGGUCCACACAAGUUGGGAGCCAAGUCAGAGAGUCCCAGUCACAUUCAUAUCAGGGUGGCUUAGCCACCACUGAAAUAAGCAAUAAGUAAGGGCUCUUGGAAUCUGAAGACUGGCCAGUAACGAAAAGCCUAGACGCAACCUUUCCCUUCUGGAGAGGUGUGACCCUGUCCCGAACGCUGCAGAGGCAUCCUGGGUUCUAAAGAGGAUUUCUUGGAGACCCCUCUGUCCUUCCACAGGGUGGAACAAGCUAUGCUGCAGCCCUCAGCACUGGGCUGGCUCUCAAGGACAGUCUGUGUCAUAUCUCAAACCUAACGGGAUGGGGGAUGGGCCAGCAGCGACCGGGUGAGCCCUAGGCUGGGGAGGGCAGCUGGUCAUCUGUGAUCCCUCCCUUCUGGAGCCUUAGCCUUUGCAAUGCUGACUCUGCAUUUCAAGCCCACAAGAUGCUUGCACUGGCUCCACCUCCCACUGUGAUGGAGGUCACCCAGCCCCAUCCAGGUGGCCUCGCCUACCCUGGAGUCAGAAUCUGCUGAGCACAUUUUCAUUCAUGUUAAACAGCUACACGCCAGUGUUUAAAGACAAAGUGACCUUUCAUUUUUCUUUCUUGAAACUUGAGAGGAAGUGAAAUACAUACUACUGAUUUUUUUUUUUUUUUUAAAGAAACAAACUAAAUGCAUGGCUGCGGAGCGGCAGAGGCGUAUAUUUUCGUACUGUGGGGGAGAAGUGUGCUGCUUUUGCGAGAGGCUGGAACGCCUGGUUCCUGCCCUGGGCCAGUCUUCUGUAGGAAUUGGCAGUGAGACCUGCAGCUGCCCCCUCCUGCCCUGGCCAUGUAGCGCUGGAGCCUGUGUACUUCGGCCGUUUCUACCUUCUAUUGAACCACAUUGAUUUGUGGAGAGAGGAAAAAUAGAACUUUUGAUAGUGUGGUAAAAGCAUUGAUUUGAACUAUUUUAGUAAAAGGAGUAACAAAUAAGAUUGUGACAGUGUCUACUUUGAACUAGAUAAUAAAGGCCUCUUUGUGAGCCUCUGCA